UUGAGUAGGCUCUUUCAUAGAGAGCGAUACAAACAGUAAGGCUACAAAGAAAGAGUGAAGCUUUUGAGGUCGGGCAUGGCAGAGGAGAGAGAGAGAGACGGAUAGUUAGAUAGAGUGUCAUCCUCUUCUUCGACCUCAAGCUGCAUUGGAACAAUCUCUAGAUGUCGUAGUCGGUCUGCGCGUCGUCAUUUUGGCAGAGCCAUCGACUGAGGAGUAGCUUUCGGCUGUAGCAAAGAGAGUGAGAGAAAGAGAGAGAGCUCUGAGCUGCCGCUCUGCUUGGUUAUGGCUAUCUUUUUUCUUUUGGUUUCUUCAGUUGUUCCAUUUACCCAACAGUAGUAUUGUACGGUCUUUCAUGUUUUCUUGUACCAUUUUUUUUAAUUUUCUCGGAUUCUUCUUACUUUUGGAUAUUGGACGACACUCCUGUGUACUUUUUGGUGAUAUGUUUUUAGAGAAAUGUGUGUACAGUUUGACUGAAAUAUGGGUUAUGUGUGUCGUAUUUCGACCAUGCUGAACUGGGUUUCAUAGAUGUGGAGCUAGUUUAGUAGGACUUCAUGGAGAUUUUGGGUUAGAAAGGCGAGAGAGAGUUUUGGCUUUGAAAGGUUUCUACAGGUUUUAUUAUUUCCAAGGUGUGGGCUUCUCUGGGCAGUUUUGGCGAAAUGAAUGAUAAUUUAGUGAAGGCAACGACGUCGACGACAACGACGUCGUCUUUGGCAAUUACAGAGAAGAAGACGACUCAUAGAACCGGUGGCUGUGUUGGCAUUUUCUUCCAGCUCUUUGAUUGGAACCGAAGGCUCGCCAAGAAGAAGCUUUUCUCCAAGAAAUUGCUUCCCCCUGUUCGUUCAAAGCAGGCUUCUAACAAGUUUAAAGGCGAUGAAAGGAUGCCUAAGCUUCACUUGAUUGCUGAUGAAAACAAGGGAGGCUUCCCUAACAUGAAGAAACAGGGGGCUCGUAGUGUUGAUUCAGAGCAUAAGCAUGAAACCCGGUCUCCGGGUUUGGUUGCUAGACUUAUGGGUCUAGAGUCCAUGCCUGCUAUUCGUGAGAAGCCCAAGAAGGCUUCCUUAUCUGAUGCUUGUGAUAGUGAGGUGAAUAAAUUUGUGAAUGGUUUUUCUGGUGGGUGUGGUAAAGAGGGUAUGGAUUUGGAGAGAGGAAGCAUAAAGCAGGUUGAAUCUCGGCCUCAGAAGCUUCAGAAAACAGGGCAGUUUGAGAGAAAAGCAAUCACUAGGUUUGGAGCUGACGCACUUCAAAUCAAGAGUGUUUUAUCACGUUCAAGAAAGCAUAAUCACCACCCUAAGUUUGUGUCUCCGGUUAAGAGCCCCAGGAUUCCUUCUGGAAAGAAUGUUUCUCGGACCUCUCGGCUGUUUGAUGCUGCUACUAAGAUUUUGGAACCAGGGUUGCAGACUUCCAGCAAAGCAAAGUGUAUUACAUAUACAAGAUCAGUUCAUUAUCCUCCUAAUAACGAGACUGUUAUGGAGAGAGCGAUGGUUGAAUCAGAGGAGCGACCUAAACCAUCUUGUUUUAGUGGCAAUGUGUCUAAGUCUUUGAUGGGGCAGAGUUCUUGUAAAAAUUGUGGUAAUUUGCUUGAUGUUAUUAACUGCAGGCCGAAUGUGGAUGAAGUUUCACCGGAUUUUGCAUCAUUUGGUUCGAGUUUCGCCAAUGGAUCACUUCCUGAAGAAACAGGAAGAAGCAAACCAAGGUUACCUGUUUCCUCAUUUGGGCAAAAUAAUGAUGCAGUUUUUCAUAGAAGUUGGGACAACCUCGUGUCUCAAAAGAAUGAAGAAAUAGAAAACGCCCAAUCCAAUAAUAGACCCAUAACUGAAAGAAAGUCUUUGCUUCGUGAAGGUCAAGCUUCAUGGCAGUCAAUGAGCCAACCUUGUAAUUUUCGGAGAGAUGAAUCAUCUUCUUUUGACUUGAAGCACCGUGUUCGAAUACAGGAGCAGAUGCCUUUAGGCAGGGAUAGAAUUCCACCAAGGUCAAAACUAAACAAUUUGGAUACUAGAAAAGUGUCAUCAGCCGCAAAUUCUGUGAGAGGUACCAAAGAUUUUGUUGCCUUGAACCGAAGCAUGAGUGGUCGUGCCAGACCAAGGGUGACUCCAAAAGAAGAGAGUGACAAGUUUGUUCCAGAGAGGAAAGCUUUUAAUGGGCAAGAGGAAGGUAAUAUAUCUCUAUUAAGAGGCUCAGCACGGAAAAGAAGGACAAUUAACUUUAAUAGUCAAGUUGAAAGUAGGGACUUUGUUAGUUCAACUACUACGAAAUUGAGGACAAUUCAGUGUGAUUCAUCAACAGGUGAAGGGUUGGGAUUGAAUGCUCAUCCAAUGAACCGAAACUGUGGUAGAAGUAGAUUAGUUGAUCCGAGAGAAGGUAAUGGAGCUGCUAAAAGUAUUAACAAUAAUGUUGUUUCUUUCACCUUUAAUUCCCCCAUAAGGCAAAAGCCUGGAAGGUCUUUGGAAUUGGAUGGGAAGACCAUUAAUGAUGAGGUAGAGGAAUCUUUUCAAAAUCCAUCGUCUUUAAAAGGAGAUUCUAUAGCUGCCCUUCUGGAACAAAAAUUGAAGGAACUGACUAGUCAAGAAGAUGAGGAAUUAGCAGUAGGUGGUCCACCUAAGAGGUCGAUUGCCAUGAUUCUUAAGGAGCUAAUAUCUGCUUUAAUGGCAGAGCGGCCAGAUAUAGCAUCUCCAUCCACUGCUCAAAUAAAGCAGGAAGGGUCUUCUCACGUGGCUGAUCAUUUGAGCCCAGGAUCUGUUCUAGAGGCCUCUUUCUCUUGUAGCAGUCUGGAUGAAAGCUCAGGACAUAUGCUGUUCUCGGACUCUAUGGACUGCUCCAGCGAUCAAUUGCAUUGCUUGGGACAAGAUUCUGAUCUCUCUGAUUCUGCUACCUCGUUACGAAAAGAGAGAACUGGUUGCGAGAGGAUGACAGCCCUUGUCAGCAAUGUUUCUCGAAUAUUAGACAGCAUCAAUUUUGAUGGGGGAAGAUUGACAGAAACCAAGCUGGCUCAUGCGAAGGAUGUUAUUGUGAAUGCUGGAUUAUUGUUUGGAAAUGUGACAUUGUAUUGCCUAGAUGGAACAGAAGGUCUGUUCAUUGGCCCCGUACUUCUUGAUCUGGAAAAGGUUGCCAAUGCUGCCUGGACAAAUAUCAAUAUCUUUACCGGUACGGAUGUCAACAAAACGGAAAACCAAUAUAGAGAAUUGCUUUUUGACUGUCUGAUAGAAUGUUUAGAUUCCAAGUAUGGACAAUACACUAACUCAAAACUCAAAGCAUGGACGAGAUUUGCUUCAUGCAUGAACCGGGAGAUGAUAAUUGGAGACCUUGAAAAGGAGAUGAACAAAUGGACAUCUUUGGCUGGGAUGCUUCCCGACGAGAUUAUAGAAUGGGAAAUGAGUCAUGCUCUAGGGAAAUGGACAGAUUUUGAUAUCGAAGCUUUUGAGGAUGGCGAUGAAGUUUGUGGCUACAUUUUUCAAGAUUUAGUUGAUGAAACUGUGAAUGAACUCACCAGACUAGGUUGUUAAAUCUGGUUAUCUCGUUUAUUUUUGUUUAAAUUAUUAGAACUUGCACAAAAGCUUUGGAGUUCGAUAGAUUUUUUGUACAAAUUAGGGAAUUGUUCAGAUGAACCGGUAUCUAAAUUAAAUGACUUUGUUGUAUAGCUCUAUGUUGCAGUUAUCCAAGCCCGAUGACAAAUUCUUUUGUUUCAA